CUCGACGAUACAGGUCGCCGUGGUGGUUUUGCAUCACAUCAAUCUAGACUGGGGUCCUCUUCCUGCUAAACCACCGGCGUCUGUGUACGUCCGGACUGGCCUUUCGCUUCUUUUCUUCCACUCCCUCCCCAUUAAUUUCAUGGGCCUGUCCAUCGGACCAUGCUCAAUUCUUAUGGCUCCCGUCACUACGGGCUCCUCCUUACAGUUUCAAAUGUCUUGGUUCCCAUUUCCAUUCUCAUCUUCGCCACGGGAUUCUUUCCAUACAAGCCUUUCCUUCCUGGCCUGGCCCAGUUCGAACCGCUUGAAUAUGGGCCACCUCCGGUAGCCCAUUUUGACAGACUGGUCUUCAUGGUGGUCGAUGCUUUGAGAAGCGACUUCGUAUAUUCUAAUAAUAGCGGGUUUACCUUCACCCAAGAACUGAUUCGCCGCGGCCAUGCUCUCCCCUUUACUGCCAAUGCCCGGUCGCCGACCAUCACGAUGCCCCGCAUCAAGGCCAUUACGACGGGGUCCAUCCCAUCGUUCCUCGAUGUCAUCCUCAACUUCGACGAAGCGGAUACGUCUUCUACCCUGUCAGCCCAGGAUACCUGGCUCUCCCAGAUGAAGGCCAAAGACUCGGGCAAGCUUCUCAUGUACGGAGACGACACAUGGCUCAAGCUCUUCCCGGAGACGUUCGACCGGGCCGAUGGCACGUCCAGCUUCUUUGUUUCGGACUACACAGAAGUAGACAACAAUGUCACCAGACAUCUUCCCGAAGAGCUGAAGAGAGAUGACUGGAACACGAUGGUGCUGCACUACCUGGGUCUCGAUCACAUUGGUCACAAAGCUGGCCCUCGAAGCCCGAACAUGUUCCCAAAGCAGCGAGAAAUGGACGAAAUGGUUCGGCAAGUCUACGAAGCCAUGGUAACCCGUGAACAUCUCGCCUCGACUCUCCUGGUGUUCUGCGGCGAUCACGGAAUGAACGAUGCAGGGAACCACGGCGCUUCGUCACCUGGAGAGACAUCGCCAGCUCUUGUUUUCGUUUCUCCUAAAUUAGAGGCCAUAUCUCGCGGCCUGCCUUCGCCCUCUGCAUAUCGAGAGGACUUCGAUUACUACACCAAGGUGGAACAAUCUGACAUAGCCCCGACCUUGGCAGCUUUGCUAGGCUUCCCCGUGCCGCGAAACAACCUAGGGGCUCUCAUCGUCAACUUUCUCCCGCUCUGGCCAAACACAAACGACCAGAUUCAGUUGCUCCUACGCAACGCUCGGCAGAUCCUCAACAUUGUGAUUGCGACUUUCGGUGCAGGUAUUAUGGACUCGGAUCCAGGACAAGACAAUUGUGUCCUCCCCAAGGAUGAUGUCCAAGCGUUAGCCUGCGAAUGGAAGGCUGUCGACUCUCAAAGAUUAGCUCUGCACGAGUACAACGGCUCGCUUGACUCAUGGGUGUCGGCGAUGUCCAAGUGGCUAAGCAGAGCUCAGGACUUGCUGAGCAGUAUGGCAAGUAACUACGACAUGUCCCGGCUGGCCCUCGGACAGGCGUUAGCCCUUGCGGCCUUCCUGAUGGCAACGCUGCUUCAGACCUCUACUAUGACACGAAUGCCAUCCCUCGCCUUGGCCUCGGCUUAUAGCGUUAUGAUGUUUGCCAGCAGCUAUGUGGAGGAAGAGCACCAUUUUUGGUACUGGGCGACGUCUGCGUGGCUUGCGUCGCUUGCCAUUACCCGAGCCCAGAGGGUGGGCUCGCGCAUUGCCCGGACGGUGCAGUUUACGGCGGCAAUCUUCGCUACGCGACUCAUCCGCGGCUGGAAUCAGACAGGUCAAAAACAUGCUGGCAAGCCCGAUAUAGUCACAACGUUUCUGGCCACCAACCCCCUAUUGCUAUGGGCUCUGGUUGGUGCGACGUAUCUCAACAUCUGUUUCCUUAUUCACAAGCGGCUGGUGGGCAUGCCGCCUGGCUCGUCAACGGUUCUCGUCACCUUCCUUGGCCUCUCCGGGAUCACGUUCAAGCUCGCUUUCACAUACGAAGACUCUCCCGAAUUAGUAAUUGGUGUCUUGAGAAGCCUGAAGGUGGCUACCGAAGGACUAUCUCUCCUCUCCCACGCUCGCGUGCUUUUGGCUGGUCUGGGCAUAACCGCUGCUUAUGGACUGUACCAUGCGAUCACGAGGCGCGGGCAGGCCAAACGUACUGACCUAGUCGAGCUGCUACAUCACCUCUACACCUUGCUGGCCGUGACCCAGUCCCGAGUAACUAAUAUUCCACUCUUCCUCCUCUUUCAGCUGCAGUUCUACUUUCUCGCCUCUUUGGAUCUCGAUAUCCCCUCCAUUUCCGUCUCGUCCAUCAUGCUACAACACAUGUCCUUCUUUGCCUCAGGGGGCACAAAUGCCAUCUCCUCCGUGGACCUUUCAAGCGCUUACAACGGCGUCUCGGGCUUCAACGUGGUAAUCGUCGGCAUCCUCACCUUCAUCAGCAACUGGGCUGGCCCGGUCUACUGGACGUCAGCCACCAACCUGCUUCUGCUCAAAUCACGACGCGACGUGUCAGGCCAUCAUCGCUUCCUGCAACAUGCUGCCAACCUCACCCUUUUUGCCACCUGCAGCGUCGCCGCCAUCAUGGCCGCCUGCACCGUUCUGCGCACCCACCUCUUCGUCUGGACGGUCUUCUCACCCAAGUACCUGUAUUGCAUGGCGUGGAAUGUUGGGCAGCACUUGAUCGUGAAUAUUUUCCUAGCUGGCGGGUUGUUCAGCAUGGGAGCAUCGGGUUGA